UACGCUGAUGAUAUCACUUGAGACAAUGACGAUGAUAACAACGACAAGAACACUAACAAACCUGACUUCUUAUUCUUUUUCUCAGGAUGGUUUGUCUGAGUACGAAGCACUCAACACCAAGGAAGAUGGAGAGAAGAAAGAACAAGAAAAAGUGGAGGGCCAUCUGUCCUAUGGGCUCACAGUGUUGACCGCUACCGUGUUCAUGGUGGGGGAGAUGGCUGGUACUGGGGUCCUCGCUAUGCCCAAGGCGCUAGAAGACACAG